AUGUUGCCUUUCUCCAGCCCCGUUGUCGCCGCCGUCACUCGUCUGAGUCCUCGCCGCUGCCGCCACCGGUCUCCAAGGUCGUCGUCAUCUUCUUCCUCCAUUGCCACCGUUCUCCAGCCCCGCCGCCGCCACUCGUAUGCAGUUCUCUUUGGUCGCGAUGCAGAUGAUCCUAAUAUCGCGAAACUUUUCCACAUUGAACCAGUGCAAAACGCCCCUCUUUGGUCUUACUUAAAAAGGAAGCAGAGAAAAAAAAGAGAUGACUCAUUUGAUUCAUUGGGUAUCUUCACAACGUCUGCUAUUGUUGGAUUUAUUUCUGCUAACAAGCUUCCUUUGGUGACAACAUUUACUAGAGAAAGUGCACCUUCAAUCUUUGAAAGUCAAAUUAAGAAACAGGUGAUGCUAUUUACCACAUCGAAUGAUACAGAAAAGUUUUUCCCAGUCUUCCAAGAUGCUGCGAGAUACUUCAAGGAAAAGCUUAUACUUGUGUAUAUCAAAAUUGAUGAUGAAGAUCUUGGUUGGCCUGUAGCAAAUUACUUUGGAGUUGAAGGGGAUACUGCAAAGAUAAUUGAAUACUCAGGACUUGAAGAUGCUAAGAAAUAUAUCUUUGAUGGGGAGAUUACAGUCGAGAAGAUUAAGAUUGCUGUCGACUCCGCCAGGACAGUGGUGGCGUUUUACAAGUUUAUUAAGAAUCACGCUGCUAUCCCCUUCAAGCUCCAGAAGCCAUCAACCACUACCUCGACUGAGAAGAUCAAAGUCAAAGAAGACGUCAAAAGUUCUUCCGGUAAAGUGAAGGAUGAAUUGUGAGAGCAGACGUGUAACAUUAAUGUAAGUUUCUUCUUUAGUUUUUUUGUAACAUUUGGAACAACAACAUUCUAUGGACUAAUGUUUUCUGAAAAUGGUAAAUGAAAGGUCUCUUUCCCUUGCGUCUUCUA